CAACAGCAACAGCAGCACAGCAACAUUAGCCGCAGCAACAGCUAUGAGCAGCUGGAGGAGUCUGCCUGCAGGCCGAAAGCCAAGCCAAGUUGCCAGUGCACAAACAUAAGUAUUAUGCACCUGUUCCACGAGAUGAAGCAGGAGUUUCCCACGCUGCCGGAUGCCUUGGUGACGCAAUGCGUCAAUGAGAAUUGCCAUCAGCGCGACAAUUGCAUACAGAUGUUGAAGAAGGAGCUGGUGCUGCACCCCUCGCCCGUCCAGUCCUAUCCCGCCAAGGUGGUGCAACAGCAACAGCAUUUGCAGCAACAGCAGCGCCAAGCCAAGCCGCCGACGCCCUUGAGGCCGUCGCGGGCUGCGCCCACCCAGCCACCAACCGGUGGUGUUGAAACGCCGCCAGUCACACCCAUUGCUCGCACUCGACCCACCACAUUGAAUUUGCCGCGUCAGCUAAACGCGCAGCUGCAGCAGAAGAUACAACAGCGACAGCAGCAGCAGCAGCAACAACAACCCGCGCCGCGACAACAGCUGACGCCCAGCGCGCAGUACAAGCCGUUGCGUCGCGCACCGCCGCUGCCUCCGCUGCCGCCGAAGCCGUUGGCCGUUGUCUCGAGCAGCUGCUCCAAUGACUCCUCAUGUCUCACCAGCCCGCUCAGCUCUAGCGAGUCGGAGCUGUCGCUCAAUGUUUCCUUAUCAUCGCCAACGUCAGCGACAGCAGAGACUGCUGCUGCUGCUCCGGCGACAACGUCAGCUGCGCAGUCGGCAGCGCCAGCUACUGCGCAGUUACGUUCGCCCGUGCGACAUCGUUCAGUCAUAACGCUGCAACCGGAGCCGCCGUAUGCGCGCGAAUUUCUUAGCAACGCGGUCAGUGCAAUUUCGCCUUCGGCACCGCCAGCGCCAGCGCCAGCGCCCACGCCCCCAUCGCCCACAUCCGGUGGCAGUACGCCGAGCGGCCGCAAGAGCUUCACCUCACUCAAUCUCACCCUGCGCCAGCCGCAGAUCAGCAGCAACGGAACGGCGCCCGCUACGAUAGACAUCACGGCCGGGCCAGCGCCCAGCGGGAACGGCAGCAGCGGCAUCACCUACUCGAGCAGUAGCUUUGAUGCGCGCCGCGGCACCCACAAGAACUUCCAGCUAACGGUCACCGACGAGGGCAGCGUUUUCAGCGCCGGCUGUGUGCGUCCCCAGGUGCCGCUCUACGCGCCCUGCCCGCCGCCCCCAACCACACCGCCAUCCCAGCCAGGAGUGCUGGUCACCGAUGGGGCAACGCCAACAGCACGCCAGCAACAGCAACAGCAACAGCAGCUGCAACAGCAACUACAGGAACAGGCCGAAGCAGCAGCGGCAGCUGCUGCAGCACCGCCCGAGAUGCCGGCCAUAUUUCCAUAUCCCACACAGGCGCAGAACCAUAUUGUCGCCUCCAACUACAACAACAAUCAUCUGCACAACAACAGCAACAGCAGCGACAACAGCCCCAGCGUCACGCACAUGCCCCUCUACGAGGGCGUUGUGCCCGAAUCGGAUCGAGAAGCGCAUGCCAAGAUCAUUGAGCGCCAAAAGCAGCGACGCGACAAGCUGGCCAACGCGUUGCGUGAGAAUAAGAAGCGUCUGCUGAUGCUGGAACAGGAGAUCAACAUUUUGACCGAGCCGGUGCCAGAGGGCGAAUCUGAAAGACUGGAUAGAGAUAUCAAGAAACUGACUGAGGACUGUCAGCGGCUACUCAAUGAUCCUCAGCUGAAUGGCAAUGCAGCCGCGCCAAAUUCCAUGAAUCGUCAACUAUCGGCGCCCCCAGGCCCGCAGCAACAGCAGCUGCCAUUUCCACGACAGCGAGUUGCUCCUGGCAGCGCUCGGACUCAGGUGCCGCCCAAUUCGCUGCGUCUUCACUCGGUGCCCGCGACACAGACACAGUCGCAUCUAGAUUUCGUGCAGCACCACAGCAGCGCGCCCAGCUCGGCGUGCUUGACGCCGCAGCAGCAGCAGCAGCUGCAACUGGAGAUGGAGCCGCCGCCCACCUAUGCGCAAUACUAUCAGUUUCAGCAAUUUCUGCAGCAGCAGAAGGCAGCAGCUGCGGCCGCAGCAGCAGCAGCAGCAGCAGCGGCGACAGCAGCUCCACCCUUAACGUCACCUGCAAGAACUGUCGCCCAGCCACGUACCAAUCAAGAGGAGGAGGAGGAGUCCCUGUCCGAAUCGGAGGUGGACGAAGGCGAGGAGCCACUGGAUAUGUGGGCCUGCAACUUGUGUACAUUCCGCAAUCAUCCGCAACUGAAUAUAUGCGAAGCCUGUGAAAACGUUAGGAUCCAGCCGGCACCGAUUCACAAUCGAGAGGAUAUACAUAUAACACUCUCGCCCGGCGAAAAUCGUAUUAUACACUCUUGGAUUCUUUCGUGACAGUCGGGGAAACUCUACCAAAACUAGACAGCAUAAUUAACAUACAUAAUUGUUAAACAUAUUUAUUUGGCUUUUUGUAUUAUAUUAAUGUACAUAAAUCUGUAAUGUAAACGCUGCUGGCAGCGCUUACCGCAGUAAUAUAUUUUAUAUGCUAUUUGUUGAUAUUCUGGCUUAAGAAUCGAAGACUUUUAGUAAAACAACCGUAUAUAAGGAAAACUAGAAAAUU